AUGGCUUUCGUGCAGAAGGGUCUGAAGAACAUUUUGCAGAAAAGCCCCAACGACGUGGUUUUCCUUUCAGCAUUGCGCACACCAGUUACGAGAGCAAAAAAAGGUGGAUUGCGCGAUGCAUAUGAUCAUGAACUUUUGGGUGCAGUGCUUAAAGCCACAAGAACGAAAUUCCCGAAUCUCGAUCCUGCGAAGAUAGACGAUGUAUGCAUUGGUACAGUCCUCGCUGAACUCGGUGGCUCGAAGGCUGGCCGUAUGGCUGCCAACCACGUCGGUAUUCCCACGACAACAUCAUUCAGCACUGUAAACCGCGCGUGCGCAUCCGGUCUCUCCGCAAUUACUUCGAUCGCAAACUCGAUAGCUGUCGGGCAAAUUGAUAUAGGUAUUGCAGGAGGCAUGGAAAGCAUGACACGCAACUACGGCAGCAGGGCUAUACCAACAGAGCUCUGGCCUGAGAUGAAAGACAGCCCAGUCAAGGAAGCGCGAGAGUGCAUCAUGAGCAUGGGUAUCACAUCGGAGAACGUUGCGCAGCGCUAUGGCGUUAACCGCGCAGAUCAGGACGCCUUUGCCGCACAAUCGCAACAAAGGGCUGCCCGGGCGCAACAGAACGGCAACUUUGACGACGAGAUCGUACCUGUUACGACACGUUGGAUAGAGCCGGAAACUCCGGAGAGUCAAAAACAAGUUACUGUUACAAAGGAUGACGGCAUUCGGCCAGGAACCACAAUCGAGAAGCUUGCCGCCAUGAAACCAGCGUUCAAGGCGGAUGGCACAAGCACGGCAGGAAACAGCAGUCAGGUCUCAGACGGAGCGAGUGCAGCGCUCAUGAUGCGCCGUUCUACCGCCACAGCUCUUGGUCUAGAAAAGCAAAUCAUUGGAAAGUGGGCCGGUACACAAGUCGUGGGUUGUUCGCCUGAUGAAAUGGGUGUUGGACCCGCUCUAGCCAUCCCCAAGCUUUUGAACUACACUGGUCUGCAGACCUCAGAUGUAAAUGUCUGGGAAAUUAAUGAAGCGUUUGCUAGUCAAGCACUCUACUGCGUCAGGAAAUUGGGUCUGGAGGGCAAGAUGGACAAGGUCAACCCUAACGGAGGUGCGAUUGCUCUAGGUCAUCCUUUGGGAGCGACAAGUGGCAGGAUGCUUGCGACACUGUUGAGUGAAAUGGGCAGGAGUGGAGAGCAAGUUGGUGUACUGAGCAAAUGCAUUGGUACUGGGAUGGGCAUGGCUAGUUUGAUUAUUCGCGAGUAG